CCAUUUGAACAACGAAAAAGACCUAAAAUGCGCCCACAGCACUCUUUAUCCGGCGCCCACGGUUCGCCAACGGAUCGAAGGUUAAGUGCUUUGGCGAGGCAUCUCUCAGAUGAUCCUUCCACUUUUUCCAUGGAUUCCCAAAACACCAUCUCUCCCUCUCCAACUGCUGCUUUCAAUGGCGAUUCUGUGUUCGCCAACGUUGUUCGAGCUCCUGAAGAUCCGAUUCUUGGGGUGACUGUUGCAUAUAACAAGGAUACCAGCCCAAUCAAGUUGAAUUUAGGUGUUGGUGCCUAUCGAACAGAGGAAGGCAAACCUUAUGUUCUGAAUGUGGUGAGACGUGCAGAGCAGAUGCUAGUACAGGACCAGUCUCGCGUUAAGGAGUAUCUCCCCAUUACUGGAUUGGCAGAGUUCAAUAAAUUAAGUGCUAAGCUCAUUUUUGGUUCUGACAGCCCUGCUAUUCAAGAGAACCGGGUGACUACUGUCCAGUGCUUGUCUGGUACUGGUUCACUCAGGGUUGGUGCUGAGUUUUUGGUCAGACAUUAUCACCAACACACAAUAUACAUUCCGCAACCUACAUGGGGGAACCAUCCAAAAGUUUUCACUAUAGCUGGAUUGUCUGUGAAGACUUAUCGCUACUAUGACCCAGCUACACGUGGACUGAACUUCCAAGGCCUUCUAGAAGAUCUUGGUUCUGCUCCAACAGGAGCAAUAGUGCUGCUUCACGCAUGUGCUCACAAUCCGACUGGUGUUGAUCCAACCCUUGACCAGUGGGAGCAGAUUAGGAAGCUGACGAGAUCAAAAGGAUUGUUGCCUUUCUUUGAUAGUGCCUAUCAGGGUUUUGCAAGUGGAAGCCUGGAUGCCGAUGCACAACCUAUUCGCAUGUUUGUUGCAGAUGGUGGUGAAUGCCUUGCAACUCAGAGUUAUGCGAAGAACAUGGGACUCUAUGGGGAGCGUGUUGGUGCCCUCAACAUUGUUUGCAAGACAGCGGAUGUAGCAAGCAGGGUUGAAAGCCAGCUCAAACUUGUGAUCAGGCCCAUGUUUUCCAGUCCACCUAUCCAUGGUCCAUCCAUUGUAGCUACCAUCCUCAAGGACAGGGAUAUGUAUCAUGAAUGGACAAUUGAGUUGAAAGCAAUGGCUGACCGGAUUAAAAGCAUGCGCCAGCAACUAUUUGAUGCUCUACGUUCCAGAGGUACACCAGGCGAUUGGAGUCAUAUUAUUAAGCAGAUUGGAAUGUUUACAUUCACAGGAUUGAAUACAGAGCAAGUUUCCUUCAUGACCAAAGAGUAUCACGUCUACAUGACAUCUGACGGAAGAAUUAGCAUGGCAGGUCUGAGCUCAAGGACAGUCCCUCAUCUUGCAGAUGCCAUACAUGCAGCUGUCACCCGUAUUGUUUAAUCAAUAUAUGGGCAAAGCUUAAGUUAGCAAAGCUCAUUUUGCUGUUAAAUCUGUGGCUGGGGAUUUCCUUUUUGAAGUUUUUUACCCUAUCUUAUAUGCAAUAAUCAUAUCUCCAUGUUAAAGUCGCAUGGACAUAAUUUUUUGUGUAGACUGAAU